GCUGUAGCCUUCCACCUCAGUGGAUCCUUCGUACCAGAUUCCCCUUUGUCGGAAACGCCUGAAAAACACGCAAAAAAAAAAAAAGGGACGCUCAAGCUCAAAGCAGGAUUCACAAUCAUAACAUCAUCGCCCAAAAUCUUCGCCAUGGCAUUCUGCCAAGGGAUCAGUUUUCUGGAGCAAAGGCAGUGCAUCACACGAACAAUGUUUGUGACACUGAUUUGGGAGAUAUCGAUUUGACACCCCCGAAUCGACAACAUUAGGCAGUCAUGGUGGCCCGGAUUGCAUAGCAGUCAGAUUGUUGAUGCGUUUGGCCGCGAAGCAUGAAGAUACUCCUGUAGUUACCUGGGAGGAGGCGGUAUGUCCAUGCGCCUGAUCUGCUGACCUUCAAAACCCCAGGGCCCAGCCCUAAGCCCUUUUUGCAGCUUCGGGGAGAUCUAGGGACUAUUAUUAUAUGAGACGCUCCGACGGGAAAGUUGAGAGCAGCUGGGAAAAAAGGUAGAUGCCCGUCAGACCGUUCAAAGAAAAGUGCAGCCUCUAGUAGAGUAAACAACCAAGUUUCUGUUCUGAAGUUCAACUACUCGUCACCUGCGUAGCAAACGCCAACGUUGAUUCGCAGACAGUCAAUAUCACAUGAACAGGACCUGCUUAUCUACAGGCACGUUGUAGCAAGUGAGCUGGAAACAAAAGCUCAUCAUAGUCCAGGGCAUGGAGAAUCUGAGACAACAAGCUGAGGAGUGAGGGUAGAUGUAUACUGCUGUGCAGCACGCACUUGCAGCCUGUCUUCGGUCAACGCCAAGAAGAGCAUCAGUGAUUAGACAAGACGAUUCCAGCCUUCUGGACUAGUCCAUAACAGGCAAAGCGCAUUUCCCGACCAAAGACUCUACAGAACUUUUUUUCUUUUCUGCUGCAAAGAGAAAGACCGACUGCCAGCACUUGACAACCAGGUGUCGCCUCUAGUCGAAAUUACGGCUAGAUCUUGAUCGCACAGGCUGGCGCCAUUAUUCACUUGGCUUGUACUCUUUAUCGCCGACGACAUAAUCGAAGAUGGGCAAGAGAUCAUCCCAGAAGCCAGCUUCAAAAACUUCCUCGACUGCGGCGCUCGCAGUUGCCGACUUUACGAACACAGGGAAUAAGUCCUCGAUAUUGAAGGCGUCUUUUGCUCCCUCUGACUAUCAAUUGGCCUUGUUCGCAUCCGUCAUUCAGGGCCUCGAUGGCCAGAACCUUCGCAUUCACGAUACCAAUACCGGCCGGUUACAAUGUGAGCAUGGACUAGGCCCGAAGGAGAGCGUCACAUCGCUGGACUGGGGCUACUAUGCUGGUCGGAAGGAACAGUCAAAGAAGAAGAGAAAGCGCCAAUCCGACGUCAAUGGCGGGAAUGAUGGACUAGACCAAGGCGACGUAGUAGUCGCCUUCGGCACCAACACCUCCAACAUCCGCAUGUACUCGCCUUCUGAAGAUAAGAUUAUCGGAAGCCUCACGGGAGGGCAUACUGGAGGUGUCAAGGACUUCAAGUUCACAGCCGAUCGACCCCAGGAGGGCUGGAGUGUUGGUGGAGACAACAAGUUGAUCCAGUGGGAUUUAGUUACUGGACAACGGACGAGAGUGAUAAACCUCCCCACUUCGUCCGCAUUUUCUACACUUUCCCGCCCGCUUUCCUCAGAAGUUCCCAUCUGCGCCUCCCAGACACCGUACAUCUUUAGCGCCGAUGAAUCACCCAUCACAUUCCCCGCGAUGCGAAACCCUAUACAGACCAUUAUAACCUCCUCAACAAAAUCCGUCUCGGAUGGACUGUUUUUAGCCUCGGACAAUGAUCGCUAUAUUAAUGUUUUCGACCCUCAAACCAAGCAACUCGCAAUGAACCUUGUCACAGACAGGGAAGUCAGCUCUCUGGCGCUAUUCACAAAGGCAGACGCGGUCUCCAGUACAGUGCUAGAGAAACAAGCUCUUGCAGCCGUCACUCAAGAUGGGACAGUAGAGUUGUUUGCACGACCAUUCGUCAAACCCCGAGACACCAAGGGCUCCAAUAGCUUGAAGGCUAAAUCUAUGCAAUUGACCAGGAGGGCGGAGACGUCCAUCAAGAUCACCAAGUCAGACUCUUCGAAUGAUUUAGUCCCGGUUGUUUCGGUCUCGUUCCAAGGUCCCGACUUACUUGUCGCGUGGACGCAUGGAGGCAUCGUACCGCUAUUUGAGCGAGUAAGGUGGCUCAACGAGGAAACAGAGGAGUUAGCAUUUACUGGUGUGAAGACUAUCGUGAAGACCAAGUCUAGUUCUAUCCUCCAAUCGGCAACGACAAACGGAACGAAGAACGCGAACGAAAGUCACGUCAAUGAGAACAAGGUAGUCGUUGAGCAAGGGAAUCUGGCGGAUGAUGACAUCGACAUGGAGGACUCUAAGGAGGAUGCGGUAUCUGUGGACGAUGGUGAAGUGGAUUCAGAUGAUGACGACGAGCCGAAGCAACAGAAAUCAACCGGUUCCCGGGAGGCGGAAAGCGACGUCGAAAUGGAUAACGCAGCAGAGCCAGAUGAGGAUGAGGAUGAAGAAGAAGAAGAAGAAGAAGCAGGAGAGCCCACAUUCGGAGAGCUCAUGAGGGCACACGCCGCCGAGGAGAUUGAUGUCGAAGCCGAACUUGAGGACGAUGUCCACACCAGGUCUCUUAUUCCCGGAAAACCCAUCACAACUGUCCAGCAGAUCCCGUCCGGUGUUUCCCUCUCUACGGUACUUUCACAGUCUCUAAAGACAAACGACAACGAUAUGCUAGAGGCUUGCUUCCACACAGGUGAUGCUGGCACCAUUCGAACCACGAUUCAGCGUCUUGAGUCCCCGCUGGCCGCAACACUUCUUCAGAGACUAGCAGAGCGCCUUUCCGCUCGCCCCGGCCGAUAUGGUCAUCUCCUUGUCUGGGUGCAGUGGACGUGUAUCGCCCAUGGUGGAGCUCUUGCCGGUAACAAGGAUCUCCUCAAGCAAAUGUCUACCCUGUUCAAGGUGAUGGAGCAGCGCUCCUCUACCCUUCCUUCUCUUCUUUUGCUUAAGGGCAAGCUUGAUAUGUUGGAUGCUCAGCUCGGACUACGACAGUCCAUGCGUGAGAGCGCGGACAAUAUGGAUAGCGAAGACGAGGAAAAUAUCAUCUACGUUGAAGGAUACGAUGACAACGACGAUGAGGACAGCGACGCAGACGCAACCAAGAACAUUGACACCCCUCGGACCCGGGCCAUCCGCGACCAAAUCGAUAUCUCCAUGAUUGACGAAGACGAGGAAGGAAGCGAAGACGAUGGUGAGGAAGACGAGGAUGAAGAUGGGGAAGUCGACAACAUUCUCGACGUUGAAGCAGAGGAAUCCGCCGGCUCUUCAGAUGCCGAGGAAUCACUCGACGAGGAUGAGGAUGAGGAUGAGGACGAUGACGCCGAUAGUGCUGCGUCCAUGGGUGAUUUCAUUGCUGAUACAGAGGACGAGUCAGAGGCGGAGGACCUUUCACGGCCUCCUCCCAAGAAGGCCAGGUUAAGUCAGGGAGGUGGGAAAGGGAAGAACAAGGCCGGGUCAGGAAGGAAAUAGACUACUAACCUAGAUUUAUACCCUGUUCUUUUCUUGCGCACAGCACUUUGGGGUAUCUUGUUUCCCCUGUUUUCUCAAGUGUUUUUAAAUGCGUGUGCACAAAAGUAUAAAAGGAAGGCAUAGUAUUUGCUUAUAUCUCGUUCCUUCUGAUUAUCUGUCUGUCUUAUAUUUGGUCUUUAGUCAGGGAGAAGGCCUUAUUAUUCGGCUGCUCUAGUCCUUGUGUCUACUUCAUAUUCUUGCAUCUACAUGGGCUGGUUCUGUAUCUGUACACCACGAAUAAAUGUUUUUUUUUGUAACACCGG